AUGGCUAUAAUAGAUGCAAUGGCAGCAGUUCCGAAUAUAGUGGCCAAGAAUCCGCCAAAUUCCUAUGCAGCUGAAGAUAGCCAAAAAAGUGGUGGACGGUUGGGCUGUAUCAAAAGGGUAGCAACUGAAGAAUAUCUUGAGGUCACACUUGGUAGUUAUAAUGAACAUCUUUAUGAUAGAGAAAUGGCAGACGGUGUCCCACUGUCGUCAUGUCCAAGAUCACAAGCUUCUCCGUAUGGCUACGCAGACUCAAGGCCGAGUGGCGUAUUCGUUUCUGACAGAGCAAGAGGAUAUCGAAAUCCGUUUGGCAAUUAUUUCGACGACGUUGAAUAG